AAUUUUUUAGUUUUUCGUGUGUUCGACGCAAAAAGUAACUUAGAUAUUCUUCUGUACAAAUUGAGGACUGUGACUUCUGAUUUUAAAAAGUACAGUAGCUAAACUGAACAGCAUAACUAUGACUCCUCCACCUAGAUUUCAGGUUGAAAUGUGUGAUCCAUCAGAAGUUUAUCGUCCAGAGGAUAAGUUUGAUGAAUAUAAAAAUGCUAAACUGAAAAAUUCAAGAACAGACAAAAACGAAGAGGAUUUCAGAAGUUAUGAUGACAACCUUCAAACGCAAAUGGUAGUUCAGACGUAUACUCUCAUGCACACAUAUCAGACCAUGGAGUUCGCGCGCUCGAAGAUUCAGCAAUAUGAAAAGCUUGACAAAACUACCAUGAGUAUAAUGGAUGCUGUUUUCAUGCUAAAUGCACUUGUUGACGAAAGCGAUCCUGACACAGACCUUCCUAACUCCUUACAUGCAUUUCAAACUGCUGAGAGAAUUCGCAAAGACCAUCCAGNGACAAAAUACACAUGCUUGUAA